AUGAGAGCUUCCAAAACAAGUAGACCCUCCUACCGGAAUCCCCAACCCAACCACCUCAAACCUCCAUUCUUGCCACCAUCCACCAACCAUGGCCAUAAUCAUCUCGCCACUUCUCUCUCUCGUCCUCCUGUCUCAAUACUCAAAAAACCAUCUCCACAUAAUCUAGGACACUCUAGCAGACUAGCAUUUCCCCAUCCACCACCCUAUCCAGCUAAACCCCUCAAAAAAGUUGCUUUCUCAACCACACCCAAGUGCAGAUCACAACCCAAGUUCAUUGAUGACAAAAAUAGCACUCUACAUGAACCAUUCCAUACACCACAUGACCCUCCUCUAGCCUCACCCCCAAACCCUACUCUACCCCGUGGACCAAACACUGCUGACAUAGCCACUCAGUUACCAUCCCAUACACUGCAGGUCCCUAAUUACAACCCAAUAUUAACCUUGCCAGUUCUCAACCAUAACAGUCCAGACUCAACCAUACCAUUACCUAAAACUAUUUCAACCUCAACCAUACCAGUCACCAACACUAAGAAUAACACAACCUGGGCAUCCAUUGUUACUAAACCACCUCCUCCUCGCUCUCCACUGCAAUUUAUCCAUAUCCCAGAAGCCUCCAAAACCACCAUCUCACCACCACAUGACAUUGAACUCGCUGGACUGAACCUCCUUAAAACCAGCCUCCUUGGGUACUUUGUUCACAAAAACCUCCCCUUUGGAAUGGUAAAAGAAUUGGCCACUGAUCUUUGGAAAGAGAAGGGACUCCUAAAGGUCACAAGCUCUGAAAAGGGGAUCUAUGAAUUUCAUUUCUCCUCAAUUGGCCAAUCAUUUUCUGGGAAACCAAACAGAAAGAAUCGAAUUGAGAUGUACACUCAGGUUAGGAUUUUGCUUACAGGAAAAAAUGAGGGCAACUGUGGCGUUGAGAAGCAGAAGGACGGGUUAAUGGGGUAG